GACGCAUGCACACGUCAGUCAUUGCGUCACUGAAGUUGUGACUUCUGACUCGCAGUGUUUUCAGUGACAGUUCCACAGCAGUCUUGACACAGGCUACUUGUCGCGUUCAUCUCUCUGACUUUCCCGACGUGAAAAUGGCCUUCUCUUCUCAAAUGCCAUCCAGAGAGUUUCUGUGGGAUGUAUUCAACAGGGUCGACCGAGACCGAAGUGGAUAUAUUUCUGCUGAAGAACUUCAAGUUGCGCUUUCGAAUGGUACAUGGACUCCGUUCAACCCUGAAACUGUACGGCUAAUGAUAGGAAUGUUUGACAAGCAAAAUAGAGGACAAGUUAAUUUUGAUGAUUUUGGAGCUUUGUGGAAAUAUGUAACUGACUGGCAAAAUUGUUUCCGCUCCUUUGAUAGAGAUAAUUCUGGAAAUAUUGACAGAAAUGAACUUAAAACAGCUCUUGUCACUUUUGGUUAUCGAUUGAGUGACGGCAUCCUUGAUCUUCUUCUGAGAAAAUAUGACCGUAGUGGGAGAGGUGUUAUUUUCUUUGAUGACUUCAUUCAAUGCUGUAUUGUGUUAUAUACCCUGACAUCAUCUUUUCGCCAAUACGAUACUGAUCAAGAUGGUGUUAUCACUAUCCACUAUGAGCAAUUCCUCAGUAUGGUCUUCAGUUUAAAAGUCUGAGCAACGUUCAGUCAUGCAUUUUCUAGGUAUUCCAUGACCAUACCCUGUGAAAAAUAAGACACAAACUUUUUCAGCUGAUGUUGUGAUUAUUUCUCACCGGAGUAUGGACACACACACUUUUUAUCUUUGACUUUAUAUUAGUAUUACUUCAUAAUCUCACUUUGUACCAUUUCUCGAGUUGUACAACCAUGCGGUUUAUCCUUACUCAAGGUCUGACGCAUGUCUGUGCACCACAUUUUUGUCAUCUUGCAAUAAGUGCCUUACAGCAGAGUAAUUUUAACCAAGAAUUAGAAAAUGUGCCAACCCAUAGGCUGAUUUCUUUAAUUGCAAGCAAAUGUUUAUCUUAAAUGUGUUUUUGUUUUAUACUUGUAUAUUAUAUAUUAGUCAGUUCGAACAAAUAAAAUUAUGCAUUUCUUUA